AUGGGGACCAUUAACAUUGAGAAUUUGAUUAACACCGACCGGUUUUUAACCUGGCUCCAGUCACCAUCCUGCGCGCGUUGUACGCUACCGUACUCGAACAAUGGACCGGAGGAUCUGGUGCAGAGGCUUCCGUUGCUGCUCAGCUGCAAUCACGUGCUGUGUGGCCCUUGUGUCCGCGAGUUCUACGGCCGUGACACCAUACACUGCGAACAGUGCCAACGUGAGACAUCGCUGCCGAAGGAUUGUGGUAAUCCUACCUCGUUCCUGAAUCCUAGCUACUAUCUACUCGGUAGCAUCAGGCAAGCGCAGUACGAGCUGGAGAAUCUGGAAUCUUACCGUGACACACAACGGGUCUCCUCUACAGCAGAGCGUCAGGAAACUUCCCGAGAAACGGUGUCGCCCGGCGCUGAGUUACUCGUUUCCCAGCUAGACAGCGUAAAACAAGUUCAGGCGCUUCUAGGAGAUGCGUACCAUUCGUACGAACGUUCCAAACACCAACUAGAAAAGUGUGACCGCGAGCAACAGAUCAACGUUGGCUCGGUCAUCGGGAAAGUCAAUGACCACUUUCUGCAACUGCACAACACAUUACAACAGCAACAGCUCGGGGUGCUACAGAGAAUUCGCAACAAGUAUGCCAAGAUUCGGCGCCAGCAGGAGGACGACCAGUCUCAGCUUCAGUCGGUGCACGGUCAACUCACCAAGUUUAUGCAAACGAUAAAAUGCACCGACCUGAGUUCAACUAUUCGACCAAAGCGGAACGGAGCCAGCAACAUGCUCCGGGUGCUCGUGACGCACAUCGUAUCCCCGCACCAGCUGUACGUGCAGAAUGAAUUGUUUGCGAAAACUGCACCCGCCCUGGCAGAACUGUGUAAUUUUGAUGCCCAGAAAUAUCACGUUGCAUCUGAGUGUCACAGCCAGCUUACGAUCACGGAGGGAUCCUUGUAUCUCGUGCGACCCGUCGUCGAGUCUUCGUUUUCCUGGCCCGCCAAGUGGUACAGAGCGCGAGUGACCCGCAAAUAUCCACCGAACCAGUACCUCGUCCAGUACGUCGACUUCGGGCAUCUGGAAAAGGUGCGCGAGGAUCAGAUUCGGCCGAUUUCACCCGAACUCAAUGGGUUCGUUUUCGGUGCGCAGAGAGUUUCACUGUACGAUGUGACACCCAAGGUGCGUGGGUCGGGAACCAACGACGAAUGGGCAGAGGAGUGCCGUCAGCUGAUGAUCGAUUUCAUCAGCAAUCGACAAAUGGCGAUGGUCGAACUGACGAAGGAAAUGAACGGUACGCACAUGGUAGAUCUGUUGCAUCUCCCAAAAGGUAUUCGCAUUCCGGUACAAUCACUGCGCGAAGCGCUGAUCUAUUUCGAUCUGUGCCAGACGGUUUCCGGUGAUCGACAACAGUUGAGAACGGUGCAUCGGCUUAACCGCUGGUUGCAGAAGUGUAGGAGCAACCAUAGGGGCGCUAUAACGUCGGCACACAAGCUCGCCCAACACGACAGCUUUCCGUGCACGAUCCGGCACAGUACGGCACCGGACAAUUUCCAGCUGAUGCCCACCAAAUGGGGCGUAAACAUUCUGGAACCGAUACAACAGGAGCUCGAUCAGUGCGCCUCGGAGCGCGCCAAAGUGUACGCUCCUUACGUAGGACAGUUUUGUGCCUUCACCGAUCAACGUGAAACACAAGGCGGUGGCACAGUGCACUGGAUGCGUGGUCAGGUCACGCACGUUGGUGUCCGCCAGUGUGAGUUGUUGGCGAUAGACAGUGGCAAACUGUAUGCAAACAUCGCUUGGGAUAACAUCCGGUUGAUGGACGCAGAAUCCUGGAAGCUAUGGGAGCCUUCCGUGGUCGUCAACUGUCAACUAGCGUACAUUCGCCCGAAGUCGGCGAACAACGACAAAGACGACAGCUGGUCUUGUGAGGCGAUACAAGAGUUUAAUCAGAUUCUCGCAAGUCGCACGAUGCACUUCGAAGUGACGAUCGAGACAAAGUCCGAGGAUAACGUUCCCUACGGCGUACUGCUUUACCUGCUCAACCGGAAGACACGCGACACGUGUGUCAAUGGCCUGCUGGUCCAGAACGGGUACGCCGAAUGUCUCAGCCAGGGCAGAGAUCUGAUCGCCGAUCGUGUCAAAGAAAUAAUUGCCGAAUCGGAAAGCACACAAGAGAAAAAGAUGCCGGGGCGAAAGGCAUGUGGCUUAAAGCCAUCGCAUACCCUCAGCGAUCCGCGCGUUCCAGUUAAAAUUCUGUGUGUCCAGUCACCAGCCGAAUUUUACGUCCAGCGCAAGUCAUGCAUAGUCGGCAUGGACCAGCUACACAACGAGAUCCAAGAGUAUAUGGACGAUCGUAUCGAAGAGGAGGAAGCAGAGGCGGAUCAGGAACUGCGGGCGAUCGGUGACGUUUGCGUAGCGUUCACUCGUGCGCCACGGAGUACUUCCUGUGAGUGGUACCGUGCGCAGGUCAUCGCCACUCUCGAAGGUGACGACAGCCAGUACGAGAUGUUCCUGAUCGAUCAGGCCAUCAGCGUGCAGGUUCAUCGUGCCAAUAUAGCACGCCUUCCGCUACGCUUCGCCCAAAUACAGCCUGCUGCAAUCCGAUGCAAGCUGGCCAACGUGAAGCCGGUCGGUGGCAGCGAUCAGUGGCACCAAUCGUCGAUCGAUAACUUCAAAAGUGUCGCUUCCUCGUUUCCCUCACAUGCCGUGUUGCUCGAGCGCAACCACGAGACCACCCGGGAACUCCCGGUGGUGCUGUGGGGCGUCCGAGUGGAGGAAACGGGUGCCCUGACUCCGCGGCGUACCGUUUACACCAACCUCAAUCUGUCGCUAGUGGAUAGCGGGUAUGCGCAUCGGAUUGCGCCAUUUGAGUCGCUCGGUGGCAGCGAACUCGCUAGCCCACGAACUGCCGAGGAUGAAGUGCAAACGUUUGAGAAAGCGGUCACCAGUCAGUUUGAAACGGAGUACAUACAAUUGCAGCAGUUUUUUCGAGUCAUCGACGACGCCACCAGCCAAACGGCGUCGUCUUCAAAACAUGUGAAGUCAACCGGCCGGGACGACGUGGAGUGGGAAGAAACGAUGCGAUCACUGAUCGACCGGCAGGUGUUGGAGAUCGCCGAUUGGCCCGACGCACUGCCAGUCGAAAAGUCCAUCUUUGUCGGUACUCCGACGCACGUAGGAACGGAUGGAACGAUCUACUUGCAGGACGAGUCCUACCAAUCGGUGGUCACGCAAAUGAAAACCGAAAUUCAGCACUACGUAACCACAACGGCCGAGAUGGGCGACGGGCGUAUCAAAAGCCGACUGCUUGCCGUCGGCGACGUGUGUCUCGCACGCUUCUAUUUGGACCAAAACUACUACCGUGCCCGGGUGACGGCGGUUGGGAAGAACAGGACUUACAGUGUGCAGUUUGUUGAUUAUGGCAACAUAGAACAGUGCACGAUCGAUGAUCUGCGCUGCGACACGAUCUGCUGCCAGAUGCCGGUACUAGUGAAUUGCUUCCGCCUGCAUGAGCUGGAACCACGCGAAAGUGUAGCCGGUGGUCAAUGGUCCGAGGCAGCAUUGGAUGCGCUGCACUCGCUGAUCGUGAUGAAACGGUGCACGGUGCGUGUUAUCGGCAAACGGUCACGGGCCGAUCCAGAUCCACUUUGUAGGCUGCAAAUCAUCGAUGCCAAUGUGGACGUCGCCGAGGUUCUCUGCGGCUUGCAACUGUUUGUCCGGGGCGAAGACAAGAGGCAGAAGAAGAAGCGUGACAGUCAGCCAAUCGAACAGUGCAUUGAUGCGCCCUCCGUUGCGUCGUUCCGCAGUAUCAUGGAUAUAAUGAAUGAAAUAGUGUGCGACGACGAAGGUAUCGAAGGCACAGAUGACCCGUAUGCUUACGACGGUGUUAACGAUGAUAACGCGAGUAACAGUGACCGGGCGACUCAUUCCUCGGACGAUUCCUUGUGGGAUCCUAUCGAUAGGGCUGCGCGCGACUUCGGUGAACCGCCGAUGGUCGAUACUCCGCUUCCUUCGCCGGCAUCGUUUAACUCGAACGAGUUUGAAACCUCGUCCUUGCGGUCGUCGAUGGAGCGCAUGUUGGGGGAGUCGAUCCAUCGGAAGUCGGGUGGAUGCGGCGCUUUCACCGGGUUUCCGAUACUUCAGUUCGAUCAGUAUCAGCGAGGGUUCUAUGCCGCGUACACCAACUACACCGAUCCACUGACCCUUCACGUGUAUCCCCAAAUCGAGGGUCACACCUUUCGAAUGGGUCAAAUGGCGCAGGCCAUCCAGACGUAUGCCACGUCAGGCAACAAGUUCCACAAGUGGCAAGCGUCACUGCUUGAACCGCAAGCCCCCUGUCUGGCCCUGUUUGCUGAGGACGGGCAAUUCUAUCGGGCCGUGGUCGAGGGGUGCGACCACGAGACGCGAGAAGCCCGCGUCCUAUUCGUCGACUACCUGAACCGUGCUACGGUUCCGAUCGAUACGGGCAUCCGCAAGUGUCCGACGGUGAUGCAAAGCAUUCCGCUGCACAAUGUUACCGUACGAUUGGCGGGCGUUCGACCCAACCCACGCAACCGAGAGGACGACGUGGCGUGCCAGCUGGUUAUGCGCCUGCAGAAAUCGUUCUACGUUCGCCUCCUGCACCAAACCUACCAGAGGACAGAUGGGGGCGUACCGAUACCGCUGGUGGAGCUGUACACCAGCGAGGACUUCCGCACGCUCGUUUACCAACCGCUGAUUGACGAGAAAUUCUUCCUGGCAGAUCCCCUCGGCACAACCAAAUGAUGCACGGCUAAUGUACGUCGACGUCUGCCCAAAUUUCCUCUGCUCUAUACCGACAGGUGAAUUGAAUACCUGGGGAGAAGAAUUGAUUU